ACAGAAGAGCCCGAUUCCUGGGCGGAGCAGUACGUCAAACUUUUUCACCUCGCAGCCCCUCUCUUUCUCUCUCUCUCUCCCUCUCCUCCUCUUCUUCUUGGACCCAGCUUGCUUGGAGAAGAAAAGAGAAGCUUUUUACCGGCCGACGGCGCGGGGAAGAGGACUCCCCCCUUCUCCAUGGAGCUCUCGCUCGCCGCCGUGCGCUGACCGGAGGAAGCCGCGCAUUUUUCAGAGGAUCACCAGAUUCACAGCUCUGUUAUGGGCAAAGCAGAUCUCUCACCUCCCCAAUAGUGCAAGGUCCUUUUUGGUCAGUUGGGACUGACUUGUAUCAUCUCAACAUUUGGGGCUGACUUGUAUCAUCUCGACAUUCGUCUGAAGGAUCACAAGAUAUACAGCUAUGUUACGGGCAAAGCAGAUAUAUAACCUCUCCAAUAGUGCAAGAUCCUUUUUUGUCAGUGGUUCACGUUGUGGCACCACAGAUGGAAGCUCCUGCUCAUGCUCGGAAGAUGAAACCUGCAUCCCGAGAAGACAACAGACAACUACUGAUGUUCCUUUUCCACAAGAAUCAGCUACCUUUGUGUCCAAAACUUCAGCAAGAGUGGGAGCCUUGACUUCAAGAGAUCCUGUUAAAUAUGUGGGCCCUUGUAAAGCUGAGAAUGUUAAGCACUCGAGUCUCUUACCAAAUGCUGCAUCUGUUCCUAUCUUGCAGAAAUCUGAGUCUGUCAUUUAUGCAAGUGAUACAAACCUUUCCCAAAGGGAUGCAGGGAAAUCAGCACCACUCAUGGCUGAUCAGGUUUUUAGGGCAGGCAUUGCAGCGGUAAAUAUCCUAUCUGAUCUGGUAAAUUAUAAGGUUCCCAGCUCAGAUAGUGGCAUUUUGAACUUGCCCAAAAGCUGUAUGGUUGAUCCAAGCAGGCCGGCUGCAAAUGUAAAAUCAUCUAAUGUGAAAUCCGUCAAGAGAGAGAACUUCUCAAAGGUUCGUCCAAAAUCAUCAGCCAACACAGUAGCUGCUUCAGAUACUUCUACUUAUAACUAUGCCCAUGAUAGAGGGGAGAAAGGUGGGAGAUCUAAUUUUGAAGGUUUUAGAGGUGUUUAUGAUGCUGGGGCUAGAAAUCAUGUUGAAAAUACAAGAAAUGUAUAUUCGGAUACUCACAAUAAGAGAAGAAAUACCCAUUAUUCUCAGAAACCAAAAGCAUAUCCAGAUAGGUCUGCGUCAACUACUAGUUCUAUUCAUUCUUCUGAAAGGAAGGUUGUAGAGUACUCUGUAGAAGGAUUCAAUAGACCAACAAGAGAUACUAGAGCGCUUUCAAGAAUUGCUCCGACUCCAAGGCAUUUUUCAAAUGCCGCUCAUAUCGUAGAAAGUGUUUCUCGCAUAUUGCUGCAGAAAGAGUGGGGUUCUGCCACAGAGGAGGCUCUGCGACGGCUAAAUUAUGCAAUGGAUGCAUAUCAAGCAAACCAAGUACUCAAGCAACUACAAGACCAUAAAGUCGCCCUUGGCUUUUUUAACUGGUUGAAACAGCAGCCUGGAUACAAGCAUGAUGGGCAUACUUAUACCACGAUGAUUGGCAUCCUUGGUCGUGCCAAGCAGUUUGGUGCAAUAAACAAAUUGCUUGAACAAAUGGUGAGGGAUGGAUGCCAGCCAAAUGUGGUGACUUAUAAUCGGCUUAUUCAUAGUUAUGGCCGAGCAAAUUACCUGAAUGAUGCGAUGAAUGUCUUUAAUCAAAUGCAAGCAGCAGGUUGUGAACCAGAUCGUGUCACUUACAGCACACUUAUUGACAUUCAUGCAAAAGCUGGGUUUCUUGAUAUUGCGAUGGAUAUGUAUAAAAGAAUGCAAAUGGCUGGUCUUUCUCCUGACACAUUCACCUACAGUGUGAUGAUUAACUGCCUUGGAAAAGCUGGCCAUCUGGCUGAUGCCAACCGUUUGUUCCAUGAGAUGGUCGAUCAUGGUUGUGCUCCUAACCUAGUUACCUAUAACAUCUUGAUUGCUUUGCAGGCAAAGGCAAGGAACUAUGAGAAUUCUUUGCAGCUCUAUCGGGACAUGCUAAGUGCUGGAUAUGAACCUGACAAAGUGACUUACAGCAUUGUUAUGGAAGUGCUUGGCCAUUGUGGGUAUCUUGAGGAAGCGGAAGCAAUUUUUGUUGAGAUGAGGCAGAAGAAUUGGGUGCCAGACGAGCCAGUAUAUGGUCUCUUGGUGGAUUUGUGGGGGAAGGCUGGUAACAUUGACAAGGCCUGGGAAUGGUAUCAGACCAUGCUGAAUGAGGGCCUGCGCCCAAAUGUACCCACUUGCAAUUCAUUGCUCGGGACCUUCCUUAGGCUUCACAGGCUAUCAGAUGCUUUUCACCUCCUGGAGAGCAUGCUGGCUUUAGGUUUACAUCCGUCUCUCCAGACUUACACUUUGCUUCUCAGUUGCUGUACAGAAGCUGAAUCGCCGUUGGACAUGGGGUCCUGUUGCCAGCUCAUGGCAAUAACAGGCCACCCGGCGCACAUGUUCUUGCUGUCCAUGCCAGCAGCUGGACCAGAUGGCCAAAAUGUGAGGGAUCACAUGAGCAGGUUCUUGGAACUGAUGCAUAGCGAGGAUAGAGAGAGCAAGAGGGGACUUGUGGAUGCAGUCGUGGACUUCCUACACAAGUCCGGGCUCAAAGAGGAGGCUGGCUCUGUUUGGGAAGUGGCUGCUGAGAAUAAUGUGUAUCCAGAUGUCGUCAGAGAGAAAAGCUCAAUGUAUUGGCUUAUAAACUUGCAUGUAAUGUCGGAUGGCACUGCUGUGACAGCACUUUCAAGGACCCUUGCUUGGUUUCGUCGGCAGAUGCUUAUGUCAGGAAGGAGCCCACACCGGAUUGACAUAGUUACUGGGUGGGGUCGGCGCAGCCGGGUGACAGGGACUUCUCUGGUGAGGAAUGCCGUGCAGGAGCUGCUGCACAUAUUCAGCUUCCCCUUCUUCACCGAGAAUGGCAACUCCGGCUGUUUCAUCGGGUGUGGGGAACCACUCAAUAGAUGGUUGCUUCAGUCUUAUGUGGAGCGCAUGCAUCUACUAUAGUAGACCGACAAUGGUAUGCUUUUUGCUAUGUUUAUUCUUCAUCAGAAACUCACAGCUUCCAACAAUUUUGUUGCCGAUGUCAGGCUGAAGCAUGCGGCUGUAGGCAUCACUUGAAUUUUAGCAUUCCAGUGCUGCUAAUUUAUCUAUUCUAAAUGCGUAUGUAUGGGAUAUAAUAAUUAGGUGUGUUGAGAUUCUUAUGGUACUACUGCUCUUGGCUUCGCGCGAGUUGCAAUGACUGGUAGAUAUAAUCGGUCCUCUUGACAUGUGAAUUGUGGAUCGCCUUUUUUAAAGGUGAAGUUGCAUUGCUUUGAA